AAGAAGCAGAAGGUGAAGAAGGUGGCGGCCAUGCUGGUAGCGCUGAUGAGAGAGCAGCAGGUGGAGGUAUAAACGUUGAUAUGAGGUGACGCUGUCAUCGAUCGGACAGGAAUAUGAAUAAGAAACAGUUGGCUAAGUGUUCUGUCAGUGGACAUGUAACUUCGGCUAUCAAACUAAUUAUAGAAAGUUCAUUUAAAUGAUUGAUGGUGUUUCUGUGCUGAAGCUAGCUAACUUGUUAACUUGUAGUCGACUCGUUACCUAGCAACGAUGGCGGGAGACGGUCUGCUAACACACAAACAAGAUGACGUCCCAGUAACACGCACUGCCGGACAUUACCUCUUUUAAUACAUCCAUGGACAUUACAAGCAAUACAUAACAGAGGACAUCACGAGUAUGGAGCAGUUUACAGCCAUGAAGGAAAAGACCUCAAAUAAUAGAUCUUUUCUUCCAAUCAGAGGGCUUCACGGCCCGCUGGCCGCCUCCUGAGUGGCGGUCGAGGACUCCUGGUUCCACCGAGACGGACAGACGAGGACGGAGAAGAGGAGGGAGGAGGGAUGAAGGUGUGUCGGUCCUCCUCACGGUGACUCAGCAGGUCUGCAGGUUUAUAAAGAGGCAGCGAUGGUCCGUCUGUCACCACGGAUACGAUGGCCUGGCUUCUCCUCAUUGCCUGCAUCCUGGUCUGCUGCCCCGAGCUGCUGCAGGGCAAAGCUUCAGAGUAUCAGCUGGAGUCAGAGACCCUGAGCCAAUGUGAGUUGCUUAGGGGUGUGGCUGUUGCCAGGCAACAAGGUGACGUCCCUCACUGCACACACAAUGGCAGGUUCAGGCCCGUGCAGUGCAGUGGGCGGAGUCAUGAGUGUUGGUGUGUUGAUGCUGAAGGUCAGGAGGUCGUCGGGACUCGAACCAACAGCUCUGCUCCUCACUGUGCGUCUCCCUGCCAGCUGCAGUCGGUGCUGCAGUGUUCUCCUUCAGGACUCUUUGAGUCAGUUCAGUGUGAGUCCAGCAGGGGGCAGUGUUGGUGUGUGGAUCAGGACGGCAUGGAGCUCUACGGGACCAGACAGACCGGGACGCCUCAGCUCUGCCCUGGCGGCUGCGAGGUGAGGUCGAGGCGUCUCCUGCACGGCUCCGGGUCUCACUCUCCUCCUCAGUGUGCUGAAGACGGCGGCUUCCUGCCCGUUCAGUGUAAAUUCAUCAACAUGACCGACAGAGCAGAGCUGGACCUGCUGCACACCUUCAACAGGUUCCCAGAAGCCUUUGAGACGUUCAGUAGUUUCAGGAAGUUUUUUCCGACGGUUUCGUCCUUCUGCUUCUGUUCAGACAGCCGAGGCAGAGAGCUGGAGAACACAGGUGUGGAGCUCCUCCUGUCGGAGGUGUACGACUCGGCGUUCUCCGGUCUCCGGUCCGACCGCUCCUUCUCUCAGACCAACAUCUACAGAGUCCUGCAGAGGAGGAUGCUGGGAGUCCGCCUCACCCUCACCGGACACUUCAGAUGUCCCUCUCCCUGUGAGGAGGAGCGGCGGGCAGCGAUGGAGGUGUCCAGCGUUGGCGUCCCUUCCUGUGAGACCGGAGGAUCCUUCACCCCCAGGCAGUGUCAGCCGGGGGGGCAGUGCUGGUGUGUGGACCCCACAGGGAGAGAGCUUCCUGGGACGCGACAGCACGGAGACUCCCUGGUCUGCAGUCCAGGUCUUGCUGACUGUCCCUCUCAGCGUCGUCUGGCUCUGUCCCGGCUGUUCUCCGGUCCUGUUGCUCCUCCUCUCCAGACCUCCUCUGUCAGAGCCUCCUGUCUCUCCCUCCUCCGGCCUCUCAGGGAACUCCUGCCGGUGGAGGCGGACCCGACCUCCUUCUUGUCCCGCCUGGUCGAAGUCGUCCACGGUCUCUUCCCCUCGGUGGGCGGGGCUCUACAGGCUCUGGCCCGCUCCUCCCCUCGCCGUUUGCAGGAGAACGUAUUCGGAGGGAAGUUCCUGAAGAACGCCGCCUCCUUUAACUUCAGCGGAGCGGUGGGAUCUCGAGGAGCUCUCGGUCUGGACCGGCUCACCUCUCAGAGCGUCAGUAUCCAGAAGAACCGGGACCUGGUCCAGUCUGUCAGCAGAGCUCUGGAGGACCCGGCCUUCCUCUCUACCCUCCAACACACACUGAGGAGCAGCAGCAGCUCACACUCUUCCUCACUGGAGCAGGUUCUGACUCCUCUUCUGCGUUCCUGCUCCGGAGACGGGGACGAGGACACAGUGGCCAUCUUUGUCCCCAGCUGCACGUCCAGCGGUGGUUUCCAGGACGUUCAGUGUCGGGGUGGAGAGUGCUGGUGUGUCGACACUCAGGGUCAGGAGGUCACGGGGUCGCGUACCGCCGGCGGUCGACCUCGAUGUCCGUCCCGCUGUGAAAGAGAGCGAACGAUGGCGCUGAAAGUGAAAGGAAAUAUGGCGGCAGGUGCUGAGAUCCACGUCCCAGCGUGCUCGGAGGACGGAGACUUCCUACCGCUGCAGUGUGUCGGAUCCCGCUGCUUCUGUGUGGACGCAGAGGGGAAAAAGAUGACUUCUGGGUCAACAGGAGGCGCCGUCACCUGUCCAAAGGGAACAACACAGAAGCUUCGGUCCUCUGCAGGUCAGUGCUCUCAGGCUUUGGAUGAGGUCACGGCGUUCCGACAGGAAGUGAAGAGCGUCAUCGCUCUCUCUAACUCCUCCCAUCUGCCUCUGGGAUACGGAUUCCUAUUGGCCGAAGGUCUGCGUCUGACCCCGGAGGAGCUCCAGGUCAGCCAAUCGGAGGAGGAGCUCCAGAUCUCUGAUAGGCUGCUGAGCCGCUCCAAAGCUGCUCUGCGAUUGGCUGCUUUCUCCACUGUCCAGAUGUUCCUGCCUCCUCAGCGUCGUUCAUACCAGCUGUUCACUCCACAGUGUGACGCUGACGGACACUGGCUACACACACAGUGUUACCACAGCACAGGUCAGUGUUGGUGUGUUGAUGAAGAUGGAGAGUACAUCCCUGACUCUCUGACCAGCCGCUCCAUCCACCUGCCCAAAUGUCUGACUCGCUGUCAGAGAGCUCAGGCUCACACGCUGCUCUCUGGUUGGAUGAAAGGAUCUGACCUCACCACCACUUCACCGUACCGCCCAGAGUGUGACGAGGAUGGUGGUUUCUCGGUGCUGCAGACAGGUGGCGCUGCCGGCUGGUGUGUGAACCCUCAGACUGGAGAAACGAUACAGAUGGCGACACCGAGCCCCGCCGGACAGCUGACAUGUCCCAGCUGGUGUGAGCUGCAGGGUUUCCAGUGUCGCCCCGACGGCUCCUUCAUCCCACUGCAGUGUGACAUCAAUUCCUGUUGGUGUGUCUCUGAGGACGGGCAGGAAGUGGGCGGGACGCGAACGCCUCGACAGACAGGGCGGACACCGUCAUGUGACCGUCCUCUCUGUCCCGACUCCGCCGUUACCCAUAGUGCACUGGUGUGCCGCCCGGCAGCCAACGGUCGGCAGAGCUGUGACCUCGUCUGUCACCGUGGUUACCAGAACUCACUUCCUGACGGCAGCUUCCUGUGUGAGACUGAGAGUCGUCGAUGGGACGGAGACAACAAACCGCUGAGUGGAGCCUGUCAGAUGUCUCAGCCUCUACAGUCCGUGUUGACCUCUCAGAUCUGGUCGUUGUCGUCGUCCUGCUCUCAGCUCAGCAGCUUACAGUCGCUGUUGUUCACCACGAUGACCAGCAGGGGGCUCUGCUCUGCCCAGCUUCCCAUGUCAGGUCGCUCUGUGUCGCUGUGUGACGACUCGUCAGUGCGGCUGCAGUGUGACGGCGAAGACAUGCUGAAGUUGACCAUCAGAUGGACCGCCGACCUUUCUGACCUCCCGACCUCUGACCUCCCCGACCUCCACGACAUCAGUCUGUAUCUGAGUGAGUCCAGACUUCUGGAGGGCGUUCAGGGACUUCUGGGUAAAAUCCAAUCCAUGCUUACAUCAGAACCCAAACUGGUUUCCAUGACAACGCCGAGCUUCGGCUGUUCCCGCGGUUAUCACCUGGACAGUGACGGUGUCGGCUGCGUCGUUUGUCCCGCUGGGAGUUUCUCCAGGGAGGGGGCGUGUCUUCUGUGUCCUCAGGGAACCUAUCAGGACGAAGAGGGGCGGGACUUCUGCAACAGGUGUCCCAGAGGCUCCUCACCGACCGGUGCAUCAUCUGUCAAUCAAUGUGUGACAGAGUGUCAGAAGCGGGGCCUACGGUGUUCAGAGCGAGGUGACUUCCUGUCAGCGCAGCCUGACUUCCUGUCCGGCAGGUGGAGGUGUUUCAACAGUGAAGGGGUGGAGCUUGAGUGGACCAACAGUGACAAGCCUCUGACUGAUGACGAGUGCUCAGUUCUCAGCAGGUUUCAGGCUGUUCCCGGAUCAGAUCUGAUUGUCGGAGCUGAAGAUACUGAAGUCCUGCAAACAAUGACCUCUGACCUCACAUCCUGUGUCCAAGCGUGUGCAGUGGAGCCGUCCUGCCACCAUGUGGCGCUGUUCAACAGACAGACUCAGUGUGAACUGUACAGCACACACACUCUGAACACACACUGCAACACUACCCAGCAGACCAGUGGGUUUCUGGGUAAUCCUCAGGCCGAGCUCUUUGAUCGGUUGAGCUGCUCUGUGAGAGUGAGGGCUGGGGCUUCAGAUCUACUGGUCAUCAGGAAGAAAGGUGCUGAGUUUUCCUCGCGGCAGCAGCAGAGUUUUGAGAGGAUGAGGAUGAGGAAGGCGGUCUCAGGUGUGUUCAGGACUCAGGUGUUCUCCUCCAGACGGACCUCCCUCUCUGACGCUCAUCGUUUCUGUCAGGACGGCUGUAGCCGCGACGCCUGCUGCGACGGAUUCAUCCUCAACCAGAACAUCCUGAACGGAGGCUCUCUGCUCUGUGGUUGGCUGAGAGCGCCGUCAGUCUUGAUGUGCGGGGACCAGGACUGGGAUGUGAUUGGACAGGGAACAGCAAAUCGUAUCUGUGGGGCGGGGCUAACCUACAACGAGCAGCAGAGGAGCUUCGUGUUCGACUUCGGAGGACAGAAGUUCACCAUCACUGAUUCGUCUCUGCCGGCUGACAGUAAGAACAAGAAGGAUUACCAGGCCUCCAUCAUCAGCUUCCAGGCCGUCUACCUGAACACCGAUGCUGAGUCAGCAGCUGGUGGUUCUGGUUCUUCUUCCUGUGCAGCAGCAGAACUCAGUCCUCCUCUGGAUGUGUCCAUACAGAUGAAGUUUGAGUCUCUGACAGCGGACGACGUCCUCGUGGAUCCUCAGAGAAAACUCCCCACGCUCUCCUUCUUGCUCAACAAUAAGAACUUCAACUCCCAACAGGCACUGCUCUGGUGUCUCACACGCUGUAAUGUAGAGCAGCAGUGCGCCGUCGCCGACCUCAGAGACGCCAACUCGGCGGGUUUCUUCAGCUGCUCGUUGUAUUCGGACAGCAGAGUUUGUGGAGCGUACGACAAACCUCUGAGACGACCCUGCCGCCCCCUGCUGGACAGACCGCCCAACAACACCUACAGCAAGAAGGUGAAUCUGUCCGGACCGGUGAAGAGUUUCUACGAGAGAGUUUCCUUCCAGAAGAUGGUUUCUUACUCUGUUCGCAGCCGAGUCAGUCUGAGAGAAAACACACCGCUGUCUGAGGGAUUCAUGGAGUGUGAGCGGCGCUGUGAUGAGGAUCCUUGUUGUCGCGGCAUUGGCUUCGUGCGGGACACCAAAGCGCAAGGUGGUCCAGGCGUGGUGUGUCUGUCUCUGAUCAGUCUCGGGGUUCAGACCUGCGGUGAGGAUGACAUGACAACCUGGAGGACUCAGGACUGUAGCCCGUCUGUAGUGAAGACCACACCGGACCCCUUUGGCUGGUACCAGAAACCUGUGAAUCAGUGGAGUUCCUCUCCGGCUCUCUGUCCUCCGUUCAGCCUGCCAGCAACCAAAAACAACGUGUCUCUGGACCAGUGGCGUCUCCUCUCUGACUCAUCAGUCCUCGUCGACCCGUCUGUCUCUACGUAUGAUGUCAUCCACGUGAGCCGUGACAUCGCCACCAACCGGGACGAGACCAGAGAUUGGUGUCUCCAUGCCUGUCAGGAGGCGGAGUCUUGUGUCGCCGUGUCAUUUAGCGAGGCGGGGUCCGCCACUCGCUGCGUCCUCUACCCAGACACCACAGCCUGUGGAUUAAGCUCCGCCCCCACCUCUUCCAGCCCUGCCCCCUCAUGCAGGAUGGUCAUCAGAGAGCCCGCCCCCCAGGUGUACCUGAGGACAGAGCGGUUGCCGUCGGUUACGUCCGUCUCCAUCCCGGGUCAUGGGACCCUGCAAGGCAUUGCCGUGGAAACAGCCCUGGGCUCGGACAGGAAGACGGUCGUUCAGUUCCUGGGAAUCCCGUACGCCCGUCCACCAAUAGGUUCGCUCCGCUUUGGAGCAGCUCAGCCCGCUGAUUGGACGGGAACCUGGGACGCCACCAAACCACGUCCCAGUUGUAUCCAGCCAGGUGAUGAAGAGUCUGCAGCCUCCAGUGAAGACUGUCUCUACCUCAACAUCUUCACUCCUGCUGCUUUGAGGGGGCGUGCUCCAGUCCUGGUUUUCUUCUUCAAUCCUUCAGCCAAUCAGAACCCGGGACUCUUGGAUGGCUCCACCCUCGCUGCUGUGGGUAAUAUUGUCGUGGUAACGGCCAGCUACAGAACUGCAGCGCUGGGAUUCCUGAGCACAGGUUCGUCUGGUCUCCAUGGUAACUACGGUCUGUCGGACCAGGAGGCGGUGCUUCGCUGGGUUAAUGCCCACAUCUCUGUGGUGGGCGGAGACAACAUGAGAGUGACAGUCGGGUCAGAGCGACGUGGUGCUGACAUCACCAGCCUUCAUCUCCUCUCUUCCUCUCCUCCUCUGUUCCAACGUAUGAUGUUGAUGGGCGGCUCUGUGUUUUCUCCAUCACUGGUUCAGACUCCCUCCACUGCCAGACGUCAGGCGGUCGAUCUGGCCAAAGAGCUCGGCUGCGUGACCUCUGACCUCACUGAUGAUGACAAGUUGGCUGCCUGCCUCAGAGCGACGCCUGUGCACACGCUAAACGCUGCUCAGACCAAACUGUUGGCGGUCAGUGGUCCGUUUCAGUCCUGGACUCCGGUUCGUCAGUCCGUCUCCCAGUCGUCCUUCCACAGAGUCGACCUGCUGCUGGGAACAUCUGAACACGACGGUCUGAUCAGCCGAGCUCGCAGGAUAAAGGACUUUGAGGCACUGCAGGGUCGAGCUGACGGUAAGACGGCGUUUUACGAGGCUCUGAGUCGCUCACUUGGCGGAGUGACAGGAAGUGACCUGCUGAAGGAGGCGGCGGCCUGGUUCUACUCUCUGGAUCAUGGUCCCUCACCUGCCGGAUACAACCUGUUCUCCAGAGCGCUCAACAACGCCACCAGAGAUUUGUUCAUCAUCUGUCCCAGUCAGCAGAUGGCUAGCCACUGGGCUAGCAGCAAAGCUAACGUCUUCCUGUACCACCAACCUGCCACCAGCUCUCACAACAGGGCCGAUGUGUCUGUUCCUCUUGACGUUCAGUUUGUGUUUGGGACACCUCAUCAUCCAAUGAGCUCUCAGCGUUUCACUUCCUCUGACCGACGCCUCUCUGUGGUCGCGAUGACCUACGUCUCCAGCUUCAUUAGGACCGGGAACCCGAACCCGUCACGUGUAUGGGCAGAGUCAGCUCUGCCCCGCUGGCAGCAGGUCCUGUCCUCUGAGGCCACGCCCACCUACCUGCAGCUAAGCCCCGCCCUCCGACAUCAUCAGGGUCUGAGUCAGAGCUCCUGCUCCUUCUGGAGCCAACUGGGGACCAGACUGACCAGUCUGAGCGGUGACUCGGGGGCGGAGCCUGUCCAGCCUGCGCUGACUCCUGAGCUCCCAUUGGCUGCACCAUCCAGCCAAUCACAGACUGAGAAAGACGCCUACAACUAAACUAAUGACAUCAUCAUUACAAAGUCCUGCCUCCAGAUUCAUGUUAAUCCCAAAAGCUGUAGAAAUAAAACAACUGCUGUCUUAAUCAAUAAAAAUCAUUUUAAACUCUC